UCCGGGGAGACCGGAUAUAGUGAAUGCAGGGUCCGGGGAGACCAGAUAUAGUGAAUGCAGGGUCCUGGGAAAGCAGAUAUAGUGAAUGCAGGGUCCGGGGAGACCAGAUAUAGUGAAUGCAGGGUCCGGGGGAGAACAGAUAUAGUAUAUGCAGGGUCCGGGGAGAUCAGAUAUAGUGAAUGCAGGGUCCGGGGAGACCAGAUAUAGUGAAUGCAGAGUCUGGGGUGACCAGAUAUAGGUCGGGGAGACCAGAUAUAGUGAAUGCAGGGUCCGGAGAGACCAGAUAUAGUGAAUGCAGGAGAUAUAGUGAAUGCAGGGCCCGAGG